AUGUUAAGUCGUACAAUUACAAAGUUAUUGAGACAACAACAAUAUCAAUAUCAACAUCUUUCACUUAGAUUCUAUACAUUAUCAACAAUGUCCAAUACAUCAUCAUCAUCAUCAUACAAGUUUGCAGGUAUUCAAUUGAUGGUUGGAGAGAACAAAGAAUCCAACAUCAAAGCUGCACUAAAGUCAAUCGAGGAGGCUGCUGGCAAUGGUGCCAACAUUGUUUGUCUACCUGAAUGCUUCAAUUGUCCAUAUAGCACAGCAGUAUUCAAAGAGUAUGCUGAACAGUAUGGUGGACCAACGACGACUAUGCUUAGGGACGCUGCAGCUCGUCUGAAGAUAUGGUUGAUUGGUGGUUCUAUUCCAGAGCGUGGAGACGAUGGAAAGAUAUACAAUAGUAGCUUCAUCUUCUCACCAAAUGGAGAACUGGUGGGCAAGCAUCGCAAGGUACAUCUAUUCGACAUCAACGUGCCAGGCAAGAUCACAUUCAAAGAGUCCGAGACACUGUCAUCGGGCAACACACCAACCGUUAUAGACUUGGGCAAUGACUUUAAGAUUGGUGUUGGAAUCUGUUAUGAUAUCCGUUUCCCAGAGUUGGCAAUGAUCUAUGCUAAACGUGGAUGUAAGAUGCUCAUCUACCCAGGUGCAUUCAACAUGACCACCGGUCCAGCACAUUGGGAACUCCUCCAACGUGCACGUGCCGUCGACAACCAACUCUACGUCGCUGCCGUAUCCCCAGCACGCAAUCCAAACUCCAAGUACAUUGCAUGGGGACAUUCAACAGUCGUUGCUCCAUGGGGAGACAUUGUAACAACUACAGAGCAUGAAGAGACCAUUGUAUAUGCUGACAUUGAUCUUGGCAAGGUACAAGAGAUGCGUUCAAGCAUCCCAGUCUAUGAUCAAAAGAGACACGACCUAUAUGCUAUCCAAGACAAGCUGUUG